GUCAUUACGCUGCCGACCAUCACGUGGAACACCAUGUGGAACAAGAUCACCCCAGCGAAGGACAAGACCUUCUGGAUGAUCAUGGCUCAGUGCUGCCGCAAUGGAGGUUUCAUUCUGGGUCCUCCGGUCUUUGCAGCCAUCAGCGCCAUGGUCCGCCAGGGUCGCGAGGUCUCGCCUGUCAGCAUGAUGGCCUGGUCCUACAUUGGCCUGAUCGCCUUCUCCUUGGGCAACCUUUUCUAUGGGAUGCUGGUCUUCCCCACGGAGAUCCACCCAGAGCCCGAGCUUCCUGCGGAAGCCCGGAAUGACCAGGCUCUCGAGGCAGCUCCCGAGCAGCUUGAGCCGGAAGAUCGGGAGAGGGUCGUCUUUCUGAUGGUCGCCUAUUCUUUCGAGCGGCCAUUCUCCGUCGCUGCCAUUGAGGUGGCAACGAUCAUGUUGCUGGAGGUUUCCUAUGGAUGGAGUGCGGAGAUGUGCGGUUUCGCAUUCAUCGUGAUCGCAGCUUCCUCCCUGACGCUGACGGCAUGUUCAACGCUGCUUUUGCAGAGAAAGAUUGCCAGUGAGUCCACAGUGUUUAUCACUGCAUCUGUUGCAGGCCUUUGCGGCGUGUUCCUGCUCUUCAACUGGCAAGCGUUUGGCAAAUUCGGUGCGGGGAGCCUGCUCCUCGCUGAUGCCAUCGUCUACGGCGGUGCCAGCGUGGCCAACGGCAUUGGCGAGGGUUGGGGGUGCCGUGCAGCUACCCCUGGCACGUCCUACAGCAUCGAAGUGUAUCGCGUGCGCAACAUCAUGGGCGUGAAUGUCAGCCGCUUCCUGGCACCGAUCACAGCACGCUUCAUCUUGGACUUUGGGGGACGUAACGUCUACGCCAUUUUGCAGCUCCUCCUCUGCUGUCUGGGGACAUGGACCGUGUACAAGACAGUGUCGCUGGUCUGGAAAGGCACCGCUGCAGGACUUGGCACCCGAAAAGCUGAGGAGGCGCAUGAAACCAAG